AUGACCACACUCACCAUAACCAAGGCAUGCACCAUGCGACUGCUGAGAAAGCUGCAGGAGAACAUUGAGUGGCCCCGGAUAAAGAUAAAGUCAAGCAAGUCCAGGAGCAUAUCAAUCGUCAAGGGGAAGCUGUCAGAUCAAUGCUUCCAAAUUGGUGAUGAGCCCAUUCCAACUGUGACAGAGAAGACAGUCAAAAGCCCGGGACGCUGGUACGAAGCAACCCAUAAGGACACCACCAGCGGCCUUGAGAGUAUCGACAAGUCCUUGCUUCCUGGGACUGGCCCGCAGAGAGGGAAGGAGGCGGGGGCAGAGCUGGUGUUGGCUUUCACAGCCAGAGAACGUGACUGCAAUGGUUGCCUGUACGCGAGCCGUGCCAAACUUGCCUGCUCUCUGAAAGCGGCUCGCCGUCUCUUGCCUACGGUUUGCCGAGGGUGGGGGGUGGUGGCGGGCUACUGUUGCUCGGCGCUCGCGAGAGCCACCGUUUGCAGAUUUGAGAGUCGCCAGAAAACUUUGAAAAGAAUACCACCGCGGAGAAAUACAGCUGCGCGGCUGAACUUCCACCAGCUGCCCGAGGGGACCGGGAGGAGGAGUCAACAGGUCCCAGGAGAAGGCUGGUCCGAGCAAUCGAUGCGGGAAGAAGCCCAGUUGGCCGAACAGCACACCACUCAAUCAGUCUGUAACACAAAAGUGCUGCUGGUGUUCAACAGAGGCAGAGGCUGUUCGACUGCAAAAAGGAGGCCCGUCCAAGGACAAGAGCUUUGUCUUGGCAUCAUGUGAUCUGCGCAUUCCCUAGGAGCGCUCUGCAGUGGAAGAGAGUGAAUCGACGCUCCCUUGGAAGCAUCACAACCACUAGCACCCCUAUCCCCACAAUCAUCACUCCUGACUGCAGUCGUCACAGUCACCUGUUCUUGACUCAACUUGUCUCUUUCACCCCCCCCCCCCCCCCCCCCCCCCACCCCCCUUCAUCUUGGAGAUAAGGAAUGGCCGUGCUAGUUUCCAGCCUCCCCAACGCCUCUUGCAAAUAAGGCCUUUCAGCUUGUUUCACAAUACCAGAGAAAGGAAGGAUAAAACACUCUACAGUCCUCUUUUAUACUUCUACCCCGUGUGUCUUUUUAAUCUUUGUUUCCUUAGUUACUCAACCCUCAACACACACAUUCACUAAGCCAACAGGAUUUUUUUUUCAUCUUGGUGAAAUCUACAGCAGCCGUUCUAAGGGCACCAGCAUUCAAGUAUCCAAACCAUAAGGAGAUUUUUAUUAUUUACAAACUUCACCUGGCAGUCUUUUGGAAUAUCUACUCAUGCAGUGUCCCUAUGGGGGAUUAAUUCAGUACGGGAAUCCACACUGACUCCUUUUUUGCCUCACAUCUCACUACAGUGGUUUUUCAGUGAGGUCUGUUUGUGACUGGAGGUGGACUGAGCCAUCAUGGCUGGGAAGGGCAACCCGCUGCCGGGCCCCCACCUCAAUGGCUUCCCCAUGCCCACCUACUCCUACUUCUUCCCCCACAUGUUGGGGAGCCUGUCGCCUCCUGCCAUGCCAGGACUGCCCAUCAGCGGGUACAGCACCCCCUCAC